AUGAUCUCAGGGUAUCAAUUAAAGUACAGUCACAUGACUGGAUGUUUGAUGGAUGUUAUUGGCUAUAGAUCACAUGAUCAGCCAUCUCACUUCUGGAGUUUAGAUAUACUUCUCAUCAUGACAGACACAGAGACAGUUUGGAUUCUAAUGGUUGGUAUGAUACCGUUUGUGCUGGGUGGUUUGACACGUGACUACACUGGAACUCCCUGUGUUGGAGAUGUGGUCUCACUCACUUGCACAGUGCCUGUUGAUAUGUCCACUUCUUUCUUUGAAUGGGAAAUCCCUGGUCAACAGCUUGUCAGAAUUGAUCAAUCACUCGAUGUACCAAACCAACGAGAUCAGUACACUAUUACCUCAGUGGUGUUCAAUUCCACCAGUUCAAUGAUCACCUCCAGUUUAAAAUUCCCUGCGAUGGAGGGGAUCACUAUUGGUUGUCUUCCUGUAGGAAGGCCGGAGUUGAGGGAAGAACUCACCAUACUGAUAGCAACUACUCCGUCACCAUUGACUGGUUUGAGUAACUCAAUUUCAAGCAGCUCAGUCGAUGGAGUUAAUGUGACUAUUGGUUGGGACUCUCCUACUGAGUCUGGUGGUAGAGAUAACCUCACCUAUACAGUGACCAUCUCACCUCCGGCCCAGCUCUCUGCUACUGUCCUCACAUCCACCUCUGUCACUGUGACUGAUCAAUACAAUGUGAACUACACUGUCAGUGUUGUGGCUACCAACUGUGCUGGGAACAGUAUAACCGUUGAGUACAACUUCAGAAUUGGUGGCUGUUCUGUUUUAACCAACCCCAUGAAUGGAGCAUUUGGACUAGUCUCCACCAGAUUGCCAGGAUCCACAGUAACCAUCCAGUGUGAUGCUGGGCAUGUGUCUGUUGUUACAAUGGUGACAUGUGAAGAUACACUGAUGUGGAGUCCAGACCCUGAGGCUAUUGAGUGUACAUCACUACCCACACUCCCUCCCACAACUCCUCCAAUGAACUGCACAGCUCCACUAUCCCCACCACAGAAUGGCACAAUCAGCAGUCAUUUAGUACCAGCUAUUCCCGGUACUCAAGUGACCUUCCAGUGUGACGAUGAACUUUUCCCUGAGGGGAUAAUGACUACCACCUGUCUAGCUACAGGAAAGUGGAACAAUAAACCAGGGGAGAUCGUCUGUAGAAAUGAAUCUUUUUCGUGUGUCCUGCCUGCCCCUCCACUCAAUGGAGCAUUACUCAACACCAACUCUCAGAACACCAACCCAACCGAGAGCUCAAUCAUUACCUUCCAAUGUGAUCCAGGGUUCUCACUGGUGGGUGCAGUGACUGCCACUUGUAACAACUCUGGUCUCUGGGAACCUGACCUGACUCCGUUGGAGUGUGUGUCAGUAACUGGUGGGAACGUUGCUUCUGUAGCUGGAGGUGUUACUGGCGUUCUGUUAGUGGUAUUACUGCUUGUCCUGGUAGUGAUAGCUCUCUUAGUGAUUAUCAUUAAGAAACAAAAAAAUAGCCAACUGUCAGGCAAUGAAGCUCCAAAAAUCCCAGCUGGUCCAGUAUACGAGGAAGUUGGUCUAGCAGUGACACCAGGAACACAAGACAUUCAAGUGGAGUUUAAUGAAGCUUAUGGACAAACGGUAAAGCGAAACAUUGAGAUGCAGUCGAACCAGGCUUAUGGAGAAAUCAAACACUAAGUUGAAUUGAACUGAACUGUUUGUUAAUUUCAAUAAUGGUACGACUGUAUUCAUUUC